GGAAUCUCUGGGGCCGAACGGAAAAACAGGUCCACAGUCAACAUUCUUCACGGUUGACUCCUCAAUCCUUAUCUUCUACAGCUCGUUGUUCCUCACCAAUUCGCCUUGCCGACGAUACAGGGCGUCGCAACGUCCCUGGAUAGCCGCCCGCCGCGUUGAAUCCUCUUCCGCGAUAGCUCUCCUCUAGAGGGACGUGGCGCCUCUGCUGUCACCUACGAAACACCAUGGCCGACGCUUCAUCGAUCACCGUUGCGGUCCGAGUUAGACCGUUUACCAUCCGGGAGGCAGCACAGCUCUCCAAAUGCGAAGAUGGUCCGCUAUUCCUUGGUGACGGCUCCUUAGCUGGAGCACCGACACCAAAGCUCAACCAGAAGGGCCUUCGCUCCAUCAUCAAAGUCAUUGAUGACCGGUGCCUUGUGUUCGACCCUCCGGAGGACAAUCCCGUACAAAAGUUCUCCAAGAGUGUUGUCCCUAACGGCAAACGUGUCAAGGAUCAGACCUUCGCCUUUGAUCGGAUUUUCGACCAGAAUGCCUCGCAAGGAGAGGUGUACGAAUCAACGACCCGAAACCUUCUCGACAGCGUCCUCGACGGCUACAAUGCAACGGUGUUUGCAUACGGUGCCACAGGUUGUGGAAAGACUCACACCAUUACAGGCACGGCCCAGCAGCCCGGUAUUAUCUUCCUGACAAUGCAGGAAUUGUUCGAACGCAUCGAUGAACGAUCCGGAGAGAAGGCGACUGAGGUUUCGCUUUCCUACCUCGAGAUUUACAACGAGACUAUCCGUGAUCUUCUUGUGCCUGGAGGUAGCAAAGGGGGGUUGAUGCUCCGAGAGGAUUCAAACAAGUCCGUCUCGGUGUCAGGAUUGUCAAGCCAUCACCCGCAGAAUGUACAGCAGGUUAUGGACAUGAUCAUGAGGGGUAACGAAUGCCGUACCAUGUCCCCGACCGAGGCCAACGCUACCUCCUCGCGGUCGCACGCAGUCCUUCAGAUCAACAUUGCACAGAAAGACCGAAACGCCGAUGUGAACGAGCCCCAUACCAUGGCGACUCUGAGUAUCAUCGACCUUGCGGGUAGUGAGCGUGCCAGCGCAACCAAGAACAGGGGAGAGAGACUGUUUGAAGGUGCAAACAUCAACAAGUCCCUCCUCGCCCUCGGAAGCUGCAUCAAUGCACUCUGCGAUCCUCGGAAACGAAACCAUGUCCCCUACCGAAACUCCAAACUGACCCGUCUCCUGAAGUUCGCGCUUGGUGGUAACUGCAAGACUGUGAUGAUUGUCUGCGUUAGCCCAUCGAGUCAGCACUUUGACGAGACGCAAAACACUCUACGCUAUGCCAACAGGGCGAAGAAUAUUCAGACGAAGGUCACGCGCAACGUAUUCAAUGUCAACCGUCACGUCAAGGACUUCCUGGUGAAGAUUGAUGAGCAAAUGGCCUUGAUUAACGAGCUUAAAGCACAGCAAAGGGAUUCCGAGAAGGUCGCCUUUGCCAAAUUCAAAAAGCAAACCGAGAAGAAGGAUGCAGUCAUUCGUGAAGGAUUGUCCCGCAUUCGCAAUGCGUACGAUCAUUCGUUGUCCGAGAGACAGGAAAGAACCAACCAUAUGAUCAAACAGAAGCAGAUCAGUCGCCGGAUAGGAUUGCUCUCUGCGUGGAUCGGCGCUUUCGAUCAUAUAUGCGCCAGUUGUGAAGCUGAGCAUGCUCUUUCCAAUCUCAGGGCUGUACGCAAGACAGCACAAGGAAUCCUUCUCGAACUGGAGAGCAGCAGGCAACAUUAUCACCAGCGACUGGCGAAGAAUGCGUGGGACCGCGGCAUGACGUCCGCGGUGGAACACGCCAUUCGUCAACUACAAGAUUUUGAUAUCAGUGACAAUGGCGAUUUUGUCAGUAUGACUCGCGAGGCCGAGCUGCUGAGGGCCAACCAUGAGCGUGAGGCUCUAGCGGCAGUCGCUGAACAGGACAAGGCGGGCGAAGCGGCCACUGUGCAAUUGCUUCUCCAGGCACAGUUCGAACUGAUUACUGAGAUUGAGAAUCUAAUGCAACUCAGUGAGGAAGAAGCCAUUGAGCAAGGGCAGAAAAUGCUGGCAAAGAUGCUCAAUUCUUGUUCCACCUCAGUCUCUAACAUCGUGAAGCCGGACGGUAACCUGCCAUCCAUGCCGCCAUUGAGCCCAGUCAAGGCUAGUCCCCUCAAGCAAAAGAAGAGGCUGAGCAUCGCGACUGCCGCCCCCUUGGGCCGACCCUUGGCUGCCCCUGUCUUGACUCCUACAGCAGCGCCACCUUCGCCGCAGAAGGGAUCUCCCCGACGUCGCAAGUUGAACGUUGGCAGAAAGAGCGUCAGUUUUUCACCAAAGAAACCCGCCGCGAAACCGACGAAGAGAAGUGUACGAUGGAAGGACGACGAGCACGAGGGCACAUUGACCGAAUUUCAAAAGACACCACAGAAGACGCAAAUUACCACUAUACCAGAGAACAGCCCGGAGCCCCAGCUGCCCCAGCUACCCCGGACAUCGCCCAUUCCUCGCGGAAUUCCAGUGCCCAGUCGCAACUUCAGUCCUUCAGGCGGGUCACCCCCAGUGUCCGCAGUCCCCGAACCGACGCUCAACGUGCAAAAGAACAACCGAUUCAAGGCGGGAUUCUUGACGAAAAAAAACAGCAGCUCCCCAAUAGCACCCCCAACAACGACAACGCUUCCCCUGUCCGACAGCGAAAAGUCACCCCUGCGCGACAUCGAGGGCAGCAGCUUCCUGAACCGGGCGUCCGUCGAGCGCCCCUCUAGGAUUGCGGUCCGGACAUCGAGUGGCAGCUACUCGGGCAGCCCGGCAUCCGACAAGAACAGCUGGAAGGCAAGCAAGGACGAUGCCAUUAAGAUUACCUCUGCCAUGAGACGGAUUUCUGGAGGAUCGUUCCAGGUGGGCAGCUCCGCUAAUGCCCUGCGCAUCCACCGACGACGAAGCCCGACAUCGGCCACGUACGGAAGCUCACCAACUGAGAACAACACAAUGAACACUAUGAAUACCAUGUUCACGGCCUCGCAGGCCCGGCGGAUGGGCAAAGGCGAGAAAGAAAUUGAAAGCAAGCCCGGGGUGUUGGGCCCUCGCACCCUGCCUAUCAUGAAGAACACGCAUCGACGCACUACCUUUGGCGGCGACAUCCGGCCCCGAGACAUCAGCCUGAGCAGCAGAGAUGCUAUCCGGCUCAGUGCGAUGGCGACGCCUAAGCUGGAGAAGCCCCCGGCGAGCUUCUCCAACGGUGGAUUCGCCCUGCGGUAACUGAAGUGAUCCGCAAUUCCCUUUGUUUAAUUGUUGGGGUCUAGGUAAUACGGACGGUGUUCAGGAAGGAUACCACAUGCUUGAUUUCUGGUGAAGCAGACCUCACGAUCUGGGAUCAGAACUGCUCAUCUGGUGUGUACGGGAUUGAUGUGCUUGAUAUGAACUUGGAAAGAUUCAUAAACUCGAUUACUUUUUUUUCUCUUCUCUUUUUCAUGUUGAUGGUAUUUCUUAUUCAGAGGCAUAUAUUAGUUUCGGGACAUGUACCAUAGCAGGAUGAAAAUUUUCCUAUACCUUUCGCCCCAAUAACAGUAAGCACUAAACUAGGCU